AUGGCGCUCGCCGCGCUCGCGCUUUUUCUGCUCGCGCUCACCUGUGCGAACUUUUACCUGGCGCGCGCGAGCCGGCACGCGGUGCACUGGAACAGCUCCAAUAUCCAUCUGCGGAGGGAGGGCUACACGCUGAAGGUGAACGUGAAUGAUUACCUGGACAUCUACUGUCCUCACUACAACGUGAGCCAGCGAGGCGUGGCUGAGCAGUACGUGCUCUACAUGGUGAGCUACCGCGGCUACCGCACGUGCGACCCUCAGCUCGGCUUCAAGCGCUGGGAGUGCAACCGGCCGCACGCACCGCACGCGCCCAUCAAAUUCUCCGAGAAGUUUCAGCGCUACAGCGCCUUCUCGCUCGGCUACGAGUUCCACGUGGGCCACGAGUAUUACUACAUCUCCACGCCCACUCAUCACCAUGGCCGCAGCUGCCUGAGACUGAGAGUCUACGUCUGCUGCUCAACAGCAGCUGAUGCAGAUGAUGAAGCACAGCCUACAGAGCCAGACUAUACUCUAAGACCUAACAUGAAAAUCGAUGACCUCGACGACUAUGACAACCAUGAGGUCCCGAAACUGGAGAAGAGCAUCAGUGGCAGCAGUCCAUCCAGGGACCGUCUCCUCCUCACGGUGGCCGCGCUCUUCCUCAUCGCACUCUCCAUCUCCUAGCACUCACCUGCAGGAAGUCGUCAUGCCACUGAGGCCUAGAGGACUGCAGGAAGAAGGAAGGACAAAACAGUUUUAAAAAAAGGAGAGGAGAGGAACAGCAGGAAUAGGACUAGCGGGAUACCAAGGCCUUCUUCUGUUCAACAGUGAAACAUGAACCUGGACUUUACAAUAACGACUUUACCAAUCAGCUCGAGCCAUACCGUCAGUGUACGACUGUAUGUGUUAUGUUGUGUGCGUGUGUGUGUGUGUGUGUGUGUGUGUGUGUGUGGGUGUGUGAGAAACUGAAUGAGUAUUCACACACAUGCUGUUUGCAAAUCAUUCAAGCGAAAACCUCCACUCAGUCUAAUUAGUUAUUUUAUCAACUAAUGAAUGGCCACUUAGCGAUUAAGUUGAAUCGAUGCUCAAGAUGAACGAUGCGUUAACAUUCAAGUCAUUGUGCAUCAUUAGUGGCAGAAAUUUUUUUAAUGUCAAAUAAGGCUGAGCUAAAUGACACGGGGACAUUUUACUCAGCACCUAAAGAGCUUCAUUUUCAAUUCAGUUCAGCAUUUCUGUCUCUCUCUCUCUCUCUCUCUC